GUUGAAGCAGAGAGCUGUGAAAUCUGCAUUAAGAUACAGUGAAUCAUGAAGUCUCUCCUUUUUCUCACACUCAGUGUUCAUCUGACAUCAGCAGCCACUCACUCUCUGCAGUACCUCUACACUGCAGUUACUCUGAGAAUAAACUUCCCAGAGUUCUCUGUGGUGGGUCAGGUGGAUGGACAGCAGAUUGUGUACUAUGACAGUAACAUCAGGAAGAUGAUCCCAAAGACAGGCUGGAUGAGGAACAAUGAGGAUGAAGAUUACUGGAACAGUGAGAGCCAGAUUAGUGAGCGUCAUGAGGAGAACUUCAGAACCAGUGUGGAUAAUCUAAUGCAGCGAUUCAACCAGACUGAAGGAGUUCACACAGUGCAGUGGAUGUACGGCUGUGAGCUGCACGAUGAUGGAACCAAGAGAGGAUACAUGCAGUACAGUUAUGAUGGAGAAGACUUCAUCAGUCUGGAUCUGAACACUCUCACCUGGACUGCAGCUAAUCAGAAAGCUGUUAUUACCAAACAGAAGUGGGAGAGUGUAAACUGGGCUGCUCAGGUGAAGAACUACCUGGAGAACACCUGUUUUAGGUGGUUAAAUAAGUAUGUGGGAUAUGGCAGAUCCACUCUGGAGAGGAAAGUCUCUCCUGAGGCGUCUCUGUUCCAGAAGGACUCUUCUUCUCCAGUGGUGUGUCAUGCUACAGGUUUCUUCCCCAAAGCAGUGAUGAUCUCCUGGCAGAAGAAUGGAGAGGAUCUGCAUGAGGACGUGGAGCUCAGAGAGACGCUACCCAACCAGGAUGGAACCUUCCAGAAGAGGAGCGUUCUGACUGUCUCACCUGAGGAGCUGAACAGACACGACUACACCUGCAUCAUUCAGCACAGCGGUCUGGAGAAGGAGGUGGUGCUACAUUCAUGUGAACACGCUGCUGUUUCAGGUGAAGUCUCAUGUGGACGUGUAUUUGGUAUCAUCAUUAGUGCAAUCUUGGCUGUUGUCCUUUUGCUGUGGAUGAUGAAAAAGUCUGAACCUUCAGACGAGUCUGUGUUAACCAAGGUCAUCUUCUCUCCAGUGGAUUAUGAGCCUACAGAAAUGGAGUAGAGAAGAGGAGAACAG